GGAUAUGGUUUCGCAUAUUUUGUGCAUCUGGGAGGAUUUCUUAUCACGACAAACGAAGGACGACGGUGUAGUUUGGGAGUCUCGGCCUGUCCAGUUCGUGUCUAGGAAGCUUUCUUUAACCGUUGAAAAGCAAGCAGCAGACAUGUAAAACCGUUAGAAAGCAACUUGAAAAAAGCAAGGCAAAAUCGAAGCCGCCUGAGAGGUGCUCCGCGAAAAACUCAGACGCACAGUUAGAGACAUGAGAAACUCGUUUUUCCAUUGAGGAAAUCAUCUGAGGCAGUUCAGUUACCCUGCCGGAAGAAUUCUUCUGAGGAGCUCCUGUCGACGAAAGAUUCGCAGAAUGCCGAUGUGUAGUCGAUACAACAGGAUAACUUGCCGAUACAAUGUAGACCCCGUCUCCCUCGUGGAUAAUACAGUUGAACAGUAUACAUACAUAUGCAUAUGCAUGUACGUAUCUAUGUAAACGUAGUCAGAUGGAACAGGUGAGUAAAGAAGACUCACGUAGGAGCAGGUUCUUGCCUCCAUGUUUGCGUGACAUUCUGUAACUGAAACCGGAAUUGUUAUUGGUGUACAAUGCCCACUCUCUCCAGAGUAUUCUUUAACUCGAACUGGGGCGCGAAGUCGACAGAAACUUAGGAAACGAAAACGUCGCGGUGAGCAGUGACCCUUUGAGUUGUCUUUCCACUCUCCCACUGCCUGGUCUGGCACUCCAGCAUGUUCUUCGGGUACACAGAAGUUCCGCAGAAACCAAGUGGAGAAACAUUCGAUUUGCCUGUCCCUUGCCUCUUCGUUUUCAGACUGGAGGUCUCUCGACAGUUUUUCUUGUGUAAAAAGCCGCCCAGUGAAAGCGUGGUGUGCAGCACCCAGGCAACCUCUUCUUUGAAUCUACCUCACAACUAGAGUCCUGCUCAGUAACCAAAGUCGCAGAUUGACCCUGUUGCCUCGACUUGCCCUUCUUACUCGUGAGCGUUGAAGCCUGUCCAAUAAUAGUUUUCUCCGUUCUAAGUGGUGGAUCACGACAGACGCAGUCAGACGCUUUUUUCUCGGUGGCUGGUGAAACUUUCGAAGCGGCGGGCGGGAGCCUCCUCCCGCCAGUGCGCUGCGCGCCUGCCUGGAGUUCUCUCCCUUUUGGCGGGCAGGUUUCUUCCGUUUUCUUUCCAUUUCCCCACGCUGUGUGAGCUAACGUUUCUCCCGUUCCUUUCGCCUCGUGAAAAACGGCGUCUUUCUGCUCUCUUUUCCCCGCUUCCCUUCGUCAUGGGAGCGGUCGAGAUCCCUGAACGACAGCGAGCGCUGUGCGCGCCAGUCCGAGACGGCGCGCGACGGCGACCCAGUUUUUGGUGGAGUUUCUCCUCCGUGUGUGCCUUCGAGAAAAGACUGGCCAGUUCCCUUUUUGUCUCUCCAGACGUUUUUUGACGCGGAGUGUUCGCUGCGCAUCUUCACCUUCGAACUCUGGCGAUCGUCCUCUAACUCGCGGUCGACGCGUCGAGAGAAGCGCGCACACUGUCCAGCGCGUUCUUGGUCUCACGGCAGCACAGCUAUGUCCGACGUCAAAAACUGCGGAUUCCUCCUUUCUCAACAGCUUUUUCUCUCAGAUCUCUUAAUCUUUUCUUUGCCUUUCUCUGUGUACGACCUUUCUUUUCUCUCUUCUGUCUCCACCUCUCUGUUCCAAUUUUUCCGAUCACGCUCAGUCCACCUCGUCCAGCCCCCUCUCUGUCUCCGGUGACUCGCGUCUCUCGCUAGCUCUUCGCUUUUGACGUUCCGCUGCAGAAGCCCUCGUGACCGCCAGUCUCCUUUUCUCUCUGUCGCUUUUCUCGCUUUUUGUCUUCGCUCCUCCGGCUUUCUUUCUGCCUUCGUUCCUCCCGCAUGUCCCUGGGCGUUUCCGACUGCCUCUGUCACGCUGUCUGCCCUGCCUCUCGCGCCUGAGAAGAACUGCCGCCAGCGUACACCCGAAAGCAGAGAGAGGACGCCUCGAUGCGCGCCAGCCUUCUCUCUCGCGACAUACACAGACAGCGUUGCGGUCCCCGCAGCGUCCUCUUUCCUCCCCCAGCGCCUGUGUUUCGCUGCCACAGCCGACCUCGCCGCCGCCAUGGACGUCUCGGCCUCCGCGGCUCGCCGUCUCUCUGGAGAGGGGCCAGAGAAAGACGAGGAAGCGGCCACCGCGUCUGAGAUGUUCCUCGACGCGUUAAUCGCCGACACACUCGACGAGAUGGACCGCCCCUUCUCUUUCUCUUCGCGUCUCCCUUCUCCAUUCCGGACUCCCGCGUCUUCCUUCUCUUCUGUCGCGUCCUCGGAUCCUUCACAGCCGCGACCUGCCCGGUCUGCAGAGAAGUCAACUCGGGAGGAAGCGACUGCGGAGAGAGGCGCGCUCUCUGCAGGGAGUUCGAGAACAGACGCAGAGAAGCACAGCGAGGAAAGGAAGCGAGGCAGCGCGGGUGAAGCAAAGAGAGAAAAGGGAGAAAGAGGGAGAGAGACGACCGCACAAAAACGAGAGAGUGAACAUGAAGAUCUCAAGGAAUCGAUUCUGUCUCUCUCGUCGGAUCUUGCGCGGUCCAUCGAAGCUCUCGUUGAGGAGGAAUUUUUCGCAGAGAGACCGCUGUCGCCUCUUGUCCUUGCCCCCAGACAAGCCACCCGCUUGCCGUCACCUUCUCGUCGAGCACAAACAGAAGACGACGCCCUGCCUUCCCCCUUGGGCGGCGAAGGCGAGACAAGAUGGCCGGUUCUUCGUGGAGGAGACUCAAAGCAUAGAGGCAGACUCAGCGCGGCUGACAAGGACAUCCGUCGUGAAGAGAUGACGAAGGCGAAGGGAACGCGCGAGGAGAACGCACCUGCUGCUGAGACGCCUCCGCUCGUCUCUUCCUCGGGCGUACGUACACACGAGAUCAGUCCGUUUUCGUCCGAGGCGAGCACACAGGCCGAGCGCCGGUCGACUGACGGCGCGUCGCUCGGCUCGGUGGAAGACCAAGAGAGAGAUGAGAAAGAGAAAGGUUUUGCGUCGCGGUCCUCAGCGACUCUCGAGAAGGUCCUCGGCGAAACUUCGUCUGAUGUCCCCGCUCUCUCUUCUGCGCCUUCUUCUCUCUCUUCCGUCUUUCCGCCUGGACGACAGACGAGAAGCGACGGCAUGUCCACGCACUCGCUCAAAUCCAAAGAUGCCAUCCUCGACUGUCUCGACGGCCUCGCUGCGCAUGCAAACGCUCUGGCCCUCCUCGGUGCUGAAGGGGAACCCGCUGGAGGCGACGAGGAGGGCAUAUCGAAAAAGAGGAGAAAUGAAAAACUUUCUGCGGCUGCGUUCCCGCUGGCGCCAGCGGGGAGGAAACGCGAGGAACGCGUGACUCUGUCAGAGCUCUCAGUUGCCCUGGAAGCUGCUCUGAAGGAGCUGGCAAGUGAUGAGGAGGAAGACGAGGAAUACCAAGGCGAGAAGGCGCCGGAUGUCGCCGCAGCGGAGAUUCCAGGAUGGAAGAGACUGCUUUUUCCUUGGAGUCGCGACUCUGUCGAAGCGAAGGCACUCGGCGAGAAGACGCCUGGACGACCGACGCGCGCAGAGGUCCUAACAAAAGAGGCGCAGCCGCCACACAAGGAGAAGGAGGAAGACUGCAGUCUCUUGGCCUUCCUGGAAGAAGCCGGAGAAGGCGUAGGAGAAGAUGCAGAUCUCCUGUUCGUCGCUGUAGGAGAUCCUUUUCGUCGCCUUCUGGGUGCCCUCGAGCCGUGGUUAGAGCGAGAAGGAAGGCAGCUCACGGAGACCGACAGAAUGCGCUACAUGCGGCAAAUUCAGGUGUACAGACAGCUGGUUGCGUUGUGCACUCCAGCCGAAGCAGCGAGGGAUGGAGAAACUGCUGUCGGGAGGGAGAGGUCGAGAGACAGGUUAGCGACACAGGCACGAGAGACGAGUCAACCACAGACACCAGUGGACGAGAAUCAGACCACAGAAGUGAAGGCCGCCGCCCACCGCCCUUUCUUUUGCUUGACCAAGAACGUAGCUCCUCCUUCGUUCCCCGUCUCCCUCCAUGGUGCGGAGUCUUCUUCUCGCUCUUCCUCGUCUUUCGCCUCCUCCUACUCGUCUCUUCUCUCUUCAUCUUCCUCCCUUCACUCUUGCUUGCCGUCUCUCUCAUCGCCGUCCUCUGCUCUCCCUGCUGCUUCCUCUGCAUCUUUAUUAUCCUCCCCGUCUGCUGCCGCUUCUUCUCGCGCUGUCUCGUCUCCCGUCGCGUCGCUGUCGCACGCGCUUCCUGUGGUGGGGAAGUUUGCUCGACUGCAGGCGUUGUUGGAGGAACUGCGAGAGUAUGGAGAGCCUCCAGAGGCAGUCUUGGACGCGUUGAUGCCUGACGCCGAGAACGCUGAAAGAAGCGAACUCUGCCCUGGGGUACCUGGCGAGAGAGGAGACGCCGCGUCUCCUCCUAUCGGAGAAAAGGACGAAGCGACGUCUGCUGGAACAGGUCGUAGAGGUCACGGGGACUUCAACUCUCCCUUUCUCUCCAAAUCGUCUCGCAGAGAAGAACAGAACGCGACGCGGGAAGCAGACACACGCCAGCCACCCGGCUCGCCUUCUACCUUCUAUCCUGUCUCUUCCCCAGAGUUCUCUUCUUCUUCGUCUUCGUCUUCUACGUCUUCUUCUUCUGCUUCUGCUUCUCUCUCCUCUUUCUCCGCUUCUUCUCGUCCUCUGUUUGCGUCUUCUGGGGAGAUGACUGCAGGCACAGCUCCUCGUUCGACUCUGCAGCGAGAGGAGGAAGAACGAGACGCAGAGGUGGAGAGAAGAAAGAAGGCAAACGGAGUGCAAGCUGGCGCGAAGAAGAAAGACAGACCAGAAGAGAAGGAGGAGAGACGAGAAGAGCAGGCAGAGCCGAGUGACGCGGAGAUCCUCAGGGAGUUGCUGGGCUUUGUCGGCGCGCUGGAGACGCAUGCAGGAGGGGAAGGCGAGAAACUUCAGCAGCUUUUGCAGGAACCUCUCAAGAAGCUGCUGGAGGGAGACCUGAGUGAAGAAGAACUCUUGACCUUCGUUGCGAGUGUCGAGUCAGACCUUCCUUCUGAGGCAGGCGGGAAGCGAGAGAGAGAAGAGACGAAGAAAGAGAAACGCGAGAGAAGGACGAAGGAAAGAAGCGACGAAGGCGAGAGGUCGAAAGUGGAGGACGGCUGCCGACAGCAGUAGUGAUCGAGAGAGAUCUGACGAAGGACAAACGCAGAAAAGAGGAAAGUCGAAUGUUUUUUAAAAACUGGUUUUACUUCGUUUUCUUCGGUCUCCCUGUUUCUCCCUCUCUUUUCCCCUGUUCCGUUUUGGGGCAGGAUUUCUCUGUGCAUCGUCUGCCGCAUCUCUGGCCUAGUGUCUCGUUUUUCUCUCCACUUUCUGUACCUUAGGCAUCUUUUUUUGUUGUCGAAGGAAAGAGGUCGUCGCUUUUCCUUCUGCCAAGAACGGCGUAUCACAUUCGUCUCUGGACAGAUCGAAUCCUUUUUACAGGCACCCUCCCAUGCAUGCAUGCU